AGUCUCCGUUUGUAUGGCCGAUAUUAACGUCGACACUUGUCAAUACAUUAUCGUUAUUUGAUUCAUUAUUAAAAAAUGAUUGAAAAGAAGAUGCCUGCUUUUACGGAAUUAAGCGAAUUCGCUAGUAUAAGUGCUGGCGGAGAAGUAGCUUUCUCUACCGACGAUUUCUUCGCACCAUGCGAAAAUAUGUUACUGGAUACCGAACCCGUUUUUAUAGCAGACAAAUUCACGGAAUUCGGGAAGUGGAUGGAUGGCUGGGAGACAAGGAGGAAAAGAACCGCUGGCCACGAUUGGUGUAUACUGAAGUUGGCUUCUAAAUGUGUUAUUAAAGGGUUGUUGGUAGAUACAGCUUAUUUUACGGGAAAUUUUGCCCCGAAAUAUUCAAUUCAAGCGGCUCGUUUGAAGCCUGAAGACGAAGCUCUGAUUCCUGCGAGAGAUACAAAAAUGGGCUCAGCUUGCGGCCGAUACGAGUUAGACGAGAUUGAACGACUUAAGUCCGAUAAAUGGGAGGAGAUAGUGCCAGUCACAGCGCUGCGGCCGGGAUAUGAGGAGACGAGGCUUAACUUCCAAAAGGUGCUUAGUGAUGAGGCUUGGACGCAUAUUCGAGUUAAUAUCUACCCUGAUGGAGGAAUCGCAAGAUUAAGAGUGUACGGCGAAGCUCGUCCUGAACCGCCGCCGAGGGAUCAGAUAGUUGAUUUAGUCUCUCUCUUGAGCGGUGGCACAUGUCAAGGUUAUUCAAAUGCUCAUUAUGGACAUCCACGCAACAUGAUCAAACCAGGCAAGAGUCAAUGCAUGGCGGACGGCUGGGAGACAGCACGAAGACUCGAUAGACCAGAAGUACUAGAGGCAAACGAAGAUGGAACAUUGAAAGUUCCAGGUGAAGAGUGGGCCAUAUUUAAGCUCGGCUUUCCUGGGCGGAUACAGAGGAUUUGCGUGGAUACAGCACAUUUCAAAGGGAAUUUCCCGGACUCCGUCAAAAUUGAGGGAGCAUAUCUUCGACACGCAGAUUGGUGUCCACAAUUAAAGUGUACUUGGAGUAAUAUUCUGAGACCUAGUAAGUUAUCUGCACACAAAGAGCAUUGGUACGACUGCGAUUCUGACGUCAUAACUCACAUUAGAGUUUCUAUGGCUCCAGACGGUGGUAUCAGCAGGGUUCGAACAUUUGGAUACGCUGAUUCGGAAUUAAACUAGAUCCUUUAUUUAUUAAUGCUGUCACAUCAUAAAAUAUCAGGUUCAUUUGUUACAAAAUGAUGCUUUGUUGAGAUUCUAUUACCUACGUUUACGCUAAAAUUUCUUGUUCUUGUCUUGUUUAACUUGAACUAUUCAGAAGUUUGACGUAGGAGAAAUAGUUUUCAUAUCAAGACAUGUGUAUUGCACUCGCUCCAAGCAUGUCGUAGGCGGUUCUUACACUGUUAAAGAUGUAGGGACAAGAUAGCGUAUUAAACAACUUCAUUGAGUGAGCUUGACGUGCGUUCAGGAUAAUAUAUUUACGAAUAUAUAGAUUAGAUUUUGUUUCAAAUUUAUAAGACACUAUUUUAAGUAGUUUAACAGUUUUACUAUUAUAAAUUAUAAUGUAAUGUUAUAACAAUGUUUUAAUUCGAUUUCUCAUGUAACUGCUUAAUAGCAUUUUUAUAUUAGAAAUGAAGAGAUAUUCGUUAACACAUAUAAAGCUCAGUUUGAGUUUUGGAUUUGUUUAAAAUGCACUCUAAAAAAUUUUCUCUCGUAAAACUGUAAACAUUGCAAGUACAGCACUGAGACGUACCUGAUUAAUUGUCUAAUACAAUGAACUUAUAAUAUUUCUUUCGAAUUUUUAUUAUAAGAAUUAGGAUAAUAUGAAAGUAUUAUUAAUAAUAAAUAUUUCAAUGUG